GGUUGGUGAGUGUCAAACAUGUAAAAUACAUAUUGCUUGUAAUUAUAAGUUAUUAAUGAGUAACUGAAUUAUUGAACUACUGUAAGUAAAAACAAAAUAUAAAAAUGACAAAUAUAGGUGCAGAAGUUGGUCAAAAAAUGCGAUCUGCUAUUAAAGCUAAGCUGUUGGAAUUAAAUUGCUAUGUUGAUGAUGAACUGCCAGACUAUGUAAUGGUUAUGGUAGCCAAUAAAAGGACCAAAUCGCAAAUGAAAGACGAUUUACAGCUAUUCCUUUCAAAUAAAACGGGCACUUUUGUAGAUUGGCUGCAUAUAGUUUUGAAAAAACUCAAAGAAGUAACAGUAACUAACCCCGAGGUCUAUAAAAAGACUGCUAAACGAAAAUCUGACGAAGCCCCUAAUGUUAGCGUCAAAAAAGAAAAGAAAGACAAGAAAAUGGACAAGAAAGUUAAAAAAGAGUCAACUUCAGACAGGACGCCAACAAACGAGGAAAUUUUUAAAUCAUUAACUGAUGAUUUACCCAUAAGUGCAAAUAGACUUUCAGAACAGAGGAAAAUUAUAAUAAUGAAAGAAAAUCAAUCCAACAAUAAUCCGUCAGAACAAGUAAUUCAUGAUAACUUCGAUAUCCCUCCAUUGUCAGAAGUCAACAUGUCUACAGAAGAAGAACUUGAAGAUAUUGAAAAAAAAAUUAAAAGCGUUAAAAGUAGAUUGGGUUUGUUGGUGGAAAGUGAUGAAGAAGAUUGCCUUACUCUUAAACCUGAGCCAGAUGAAUUAAUACCCCCAGAAUCAGAAAAGAAAAACAAAAAAAUUGAAUUAGUCAAAACUGCCAUUACGGAAGUUGCUCCAAGUACGCAAAAAAAGCCUGAACGCACCAGGAUUACAUUUAGCAAUGAAGAGAGUCAGGGUUUGACCAAACGUAAAUCGGUAUUAGAAAGAUUGGGAAAGCGGAGAUCUAGUGAGAAUCAAGAUACAUCACCAUUAAAAAAGUCAAGAAUUGAUUUGUCAGAGUUUAGAAAAGAAGAUAGUCUAAGAAAUAGGGAUCGAGAAGAAGACAAGGAAAAACGACCCAGAAGUAGCAUGAGAAGUAAAAGGGAUAAUGAAAAGUCUAAAGAAAGUGUCCUCAAUAGACUUGGUGUCAUGUCCAAGGUAUCAAUUCCUCCAAAAACACCUGAAGAGCCUGAAGAACCUGUAAGAAAUCGAGAAGUACCAAGCAUGGUGAAAAUUAAACCUAGAGUUAUUCCUCCUGAUGCCCCACAGCCUAAUAAAAAUCUGCUGUUAAAAGCGGUAGCUGAAGCGCAAAGGAGCAUAGCUCAGACUCCACCAGUGGGACAAAAUUUGAAGCCUGAUGCUUUGUAUACAAAAAAAUAUAAGGAAAAGCUUAAAGAUGAACAACUAGUCGGUAAAAAACUACCACAGGUAGAAAAAAAUAAAAUAAAAAAAAUCCUGUCAUCUUCAAACGACAAAGACGAAAACUUGGAAUACGUCCCAACAUCAAUAAAUAGGUCUCAAGACCCUAUUCCAAAGUAUGUACCUAGUACUAAAGUCACAAGCGAUUCGGAAGAAAGUGUUACCGAAAAUGGUAAAGUCAAACAAAAAUUCAUAGUCACUUUAGAUGGUAUUGAAAAAACUAAGUACAAGGACCUAGUGAAUGAAGAAAAUGCAAAACCUUCAAUCAAAUCAAGACUUGACAAAAAGAAAUCGCCAUCACCAAUUAUUUUUGAUAAUGUUACUACACCAGUUAAGAGUAAGCCAAAUAUUCCUGAUAAGUUGCCUAUAGUUCAUGCAUCACCAUCAGUCAAGAAUAAGGAAAGAUGCAAAUAUUGGCCGUCCUGUCGUCAAGGUGAAAAAUGCGAAUUUGUUCACCCCAGCACCAACUGCGAAAAAUUCCCACAUUGCAAAUUUGGUGAUAAGUGCUUGUUUUUACAUCCAACUUGUAAAUUUGGUAGUUCUUGUACAAGGAGGGAUUGUGUUUAUAGUCACAGUCCAGCAUCUAAAGGUCUAGGCUCCCGAAUUGUAGCGCCAACUCCCGCAAAAAUGACAGGAGCAACUCUACAGACUUGUAAAUUCUUCCCUAACUGUGCAAACGUCAAUUGUACAUUUUACCAUCCCAAGCCUUGUAAAUUUGGCAAGUAUUGCAAGAACCAAGCAGAAUGUAAUUUUUCACACACGUUUGUUCCUAAUAAAAGUAGUCUAACUUGGAGGUCAAAAUAAAUAUGCUUUGAAUAUAUGGUCAUUGUACAUAAUUUUAAAUAUUGUUUAUAGAAACAGAUGAAAAAUUUACUAUUGCAUAUUUCAUGGUUUUCUCUAUUAUGUCCAUUGUGUGAGUAGGGAUGUAUUAUUACACUUGCUAGAACAUUAAAAAAAAUACUGUAUUAAAUAAAUAAUUUAAUUGAAUUAUUUGUUA